GCCCCCCCUCCCUCCUCUCCGUCCCUCCCUCCUUCCCUCCCUCCCUCCCCGGCUCCGCCGCUCCCUGCAACGCACCGGGGCGAUCGCGGCCGCCGCUGCUGCCGCCGCCGCCGCGGGCACGGGCGCGGGGAGCGGAGCCAUGGCCGAGGGCGAGGACCUGCAGACCUUCACCUCCAUCAUGGACGCGCUCGUCCGCAUCAGCACCAGCAUGAAGAACAUGGAGCGGGAGCUGGUGUGCCCGGUGUGCAAGGAGAUGUACAAGCAGCCGCUGGCACUGCCCUGCACCCACAACGUGUGCCACGUGUGUGCCAGCGAGGUGCUGCUGCAGCACGGCCACCUCUGCUGCGACCCCACCUCCGAGCCCACCUCGCCCGCCGCCACCCCCUCCACCCGCAGCCCCCGCCUGGGCCGCAGGGCCGUCCCCAAACCCGACCGCCUCGACCGCCUCCUCAAGUCAGGCUUCGGCACCUACCCAGGGCGCAAGCGGGGGGCUGUGCACCCCCAGACUGUCAGCUUCCCGUGCCCGGCCUGCCAGCGGGACGUGGACCUGGGGGAGAGGGGCCUGGGCAGCCUGUUCCGCAACCUGACGCUGGAGCGGGUGGUGGAGCGGUACCGGCAGACCAUCAACAUCAGCGCGGCCAUCAUGUGCCAGUUCUGCAAGCCCCCGCAGCUGGAGGCCACCAAGGGCUGCACCGAGUGCAAGUCCAGCUUCUGCAACGAGUGCUUCAAGCUCUACCACCCCUGGGGCACCCAGAAAGCCCAGCACGAGCCCACGCCCCCCACCCUCACCUUCCGCCCCAAGGGGCUGAUGUGCCCAGAGCACAAGGAGGAGGUGACUCACUACUGCAAGACCUGCCAGCGGCUCGUGUGCCAGCUCUGCCGCGUGCGCCGCACCCACACCAGCCACAAGAUCACCCCGGUGCUCAGCGCCUACCAGGCCCUCAGGGAGAAGCUGACGAAGAGCCUCGCCUACAUCCUGAGCAGCCAGGACACGGUGCAGACCCAGAUUGCCGAGCUGGAGGAGACAGUGAAGCACACAGAGGUGAACGGCUCGCAGGCCAAGGAGGAAGUGUCACAGAUGAUCCAGGCACUCUGUGCCAUGCUGGAGGAGAAGAGGGCCACCCUGCUGCAGGCCAUCGAGGAGUGCCAGCAGGAGCGGCUGGCCAGCCUGCACGGCCAGAUCCGGGAGCACCAGGCCAUGCUGGAGAACUCGGGCAUGGUGGGCUACGCCCAGGAGGUGCUGAAGGAGACUGACCACCCCUGCUUUGUCCAGGCUGCCAAGCAGCUGCACAACAGGAUCCUCAGGGCCACCGACUCGCUGCAGAGCUUCCGCCCUGCAGCCACAGCCUCCUUCAGCCACUUCCAGCUGGACGUCAGCAGGGAGCUGAAGCUGCUCACCGACCUGGCCUUCAUCCGAGCGCCCGAGGCCCCGGUCAUCGACACGCAGCGCACCUACACCUACGACCAGAUCUUCCUGUGUUGGCGGCUGCCGCAGCACUCGCCGCCCGCCUGGCACUACACGGUGGAGUUCCGCAAGACCGACGCCAAGGCCAAGGGGCUGAAGCUGUGGCAGCGGCGGGAGGAGGUGCGCGGCACCUGCGCCCUCGUCGAGUACCUGGACACCGACAGCGUCUACGUGCUGCGGGUGAAGGGCUACAACAAGGCGGGCUUCGGGGAGUACAGCGAGGACAUCUACCUGCACACGCCGCCCGCCCCGGUCCUCAACUUCUUCCUGGACAACCGCUGGGGCUUCAACCGGGACCGGCUGGCCAUCAGCAAGGACCAGCGCGCGGUGCGCAGCGUCCCCGGCAUCCCCAUGCUCUUCGCCGCCGAGCGCCUGAUGACCAGCUGCCACCUCUCCAUCGACCUGGUCAUCGGCGACGUGGCCAUCACCCAGGGCAAGAGCUACUGGGCCUGCUGCGUGGACCCCAGCUCCUACCUGGUGAAGGUGGGCGUGGGGCUGGAGAGCAAGCUGCAGGAGUGGUUCCAGGUGCCGCAGGACGUGGUGAGCCCCAGGUACGACCCCGACAGCGGCCACGACAGCGGGGCCGAGGACACGACGGUGGAGGCGCCGCCACCCUACGCCUUCCUCACCAUCGGCAUGGGCAAGAUCCUGCUGUCGCACGGCUCGGCGCUCACCUCCCGCGACCCCAACGGCUGCACCGUGCCCCUGCCCCCCCGCAUCGGCAUCUGCCUGGACUACGAGCAGGGCAAGGUGAGCUUCUACGACGCCGUGUCCUUCCGCGAGCUCUGGGAGUGCGGCGUGGACUGCUCGGGGCCCGUCUGCCCCGCCUUCUGCUUCAUCGGGGGCGGGGCCCUGCACCUCCAGGAGCUGGUGGCCAACAAGCAGGAGCGGAAAGUGACCAUCGGGGGCUUCCCCAAGCUGGACUGAGCCGUGCCCGCGCUCCCCGCGCGCCCCCGGCUGCGCCCCCCGGGAGCUCCGGGGCCUGGGGGGCAGGGAGCAGAGCACAGGGGGGGCAGUCCCGGCCCUGCCGCUGCUGGGGACAGGCCAGGUGUUUGUUUUGGGGGAUGGGGGGGGACGGGGACAGCUCUGCCGUCCCCUCCUCGCCCUGUCUGCCUGCCCCUCGCCCCAGCUCGGCCCCAGGCUGCUCUGGGCUGGGGCUGCGGGCAGGGCUGGCAGAGGGUCAGCCCCAGAGACGGGUCAGGGAGGGGGACGGGGCUGCGCAGGGAGGGGGGAGGCAGGUGACGGUGGGGGUGACGGAGAGGGGAGAGGCUGGGCGCUGGCUGGGGUGGGGGAGGCAGCUGGGGUAGGGGAGAGGGCGGGGGGGAGACGGGGCUGGAACAAAGUGUGAAGACGUUUUGUAAAAUGGCUCGUUUUCAAUGCGGCUCAUCCGGCCGGGCACGGCCCCCGGCCACAGCCACCGAGGGGUCCCUCCCGUGGGCUCCCGGUGCCCCCUCUCUGCCCUGUCCUUGGGCAGCCAUGUGCCUGGCCAGCCCUGCCUGUGCCCUGCCUGCACGUGCUCCGAGGGCCACGCUUGGCCCCCGUUACACCGCUCGGUGCCAAACCACACCCGGCCGGGGCGGGCUGGGGCCGCGGGGUCCGGAUCCGACCCGCCCAGGGGAGCCCCACGCGCCGCGGGGGCCGUGCUGGCAGCUCCCGUGCCGGGAUCUGUCCGAGCUGCUGUCGUUUCUCCUGGGUUCUGUUACAACAAUCGCUGUAUUUUCAUGGUUUCCUACAAUAAACUGCGAUGCCAGA